AUGGUCUCAGCGUGUCCGAGUGCAAACCCCACGCCCAGCUUCGUCACAUCCACGUCCAAUCCUGCCCUAGAUCCAAUUGUUAAAACGCUCCCUCAUCUGAGACUUAAGGGGCAGAGACGGACUGUUGCCUUGAACCUGGAUAAGAUCAUUCCGUGGAAACUCUGUCCGUUCUAUCGGUAUGAGGGAUCCCUCACUACCCCGCCCUGUACGGAGAACGUCAUCUGGACCGUCAUCGAGCAGCCCACCUCAAUGAGUCUCUCACAGUACAAGGUGUUUGUGAAAACACUGAGCUGGGACUCUAACAUAUUCCGACCGGUGCAGCCCCUGAACCGGCGAAAGGUGACGUACUGCAAGGGGUGACCUUUCAGGCUGUGCUCUGACCCCCCUCUCACCAUGACCUGGGGGACGGAUGUAUCGGUACGACGUUGGAACCCUCGGAAAAGUUGACCAAGCCUCGCAAUCUGCGGACGACUGAGGGACAGAGAUUUCCGAAAUCCCAUGAUUUGGCGGGAAAUAACAUCAGUUUGUUUCCUGAACAGACCAAGUGACCAUUAAACAACACUUGCUGACCA